GCAGCAGGCACAUGACCGCCUUCAGAGGAGCUAAAGGCCACAUUCGCUCAGCGCAGGACCAGAGAGGCUGCCGACCUGCAGAGGAGAGAUUACAACACAUUUAGGCCGCUCACUUUGUGACUGUAAUACAAGGUUUCCGUGGCGACGGACGCCGUUUAACGUUGGGCUUCAGUCACUCAGGGCUCUGCUCCCACCGCUGACCGAACGCCAGCCGGCCCGGGCCGUGUCACAAUGCGCCUCACGACGGAGGAGAAAGUAGAGUUGGGACUGAAGGAGCAGGGGACAGUCAACCCGGCGUUCGGGGACAAAGACAACGAUGAAGCGCCGCAGCUCGCCCCGGACAUCGCCGAGCCGCAGACGGAGGCCCUGGACGAGGCCCUGGACAAAGGGCCCGAUCUGGUCUAUGCCCUCAACGACCGGCCGCCCUGGUACCUGUGCAUCCUGCUCGGCUUCCAGCACUACAUCCUCGCGUUUGGGGGCAUCAUUGCAGUCCCGCUGAUCCUGGCCGAGCCCCUCUGCAUCAAGGACAACAACGUCGCCAAAAGCCAGCUCAUCUCCACCAUAUUCUUCGUGUCAGGAUUAUGUACGAUACUGCAGACGGCUCUGGGUACCAGGCUACCGAUCCUGCAGGGCGGGACGUUCAGUUUCAUCACGCCGACCCUGGCCAUCCUCGCCCUCCCCAAGUGGCAAUGUCCGGCGCCAAAAGACUCUGUGACGGCCCCCACGCCGCUGCAGAACAGCACGGGCCUGCCGGAGAAUGACAACUCUGAUGAGGUCUGGAUGUCACGGAUGCGUGAGAUCCAGGGAGCCAUCCUGGUGUCCUCUCUGCUCCAGAUCGUCCUGGGCUUUUCGGGGCUGGUGGGUCUGGUUCUGAAAUACAUCGGCCCGCUGGCCAUCGCCCCGACCAUCAACCUCAUCGGCCUGUCCCUGUUCAUCGAAGCCGGGAAGAAGUCCGGAGGUCACUGGGGAAUCGCUGCUCUCACGGUGUGUCUGAUCCUGCUCUUCUCGCAAUAUCUCAGCAAAGUCAAUGUUCCCAUGAUUGCUUACAAGGACAAGAAGUGGAAGGUUUUCCAGUAUCCUCUCUUCAAGCUCUUCUCUGCUUUGUUCGGGAUGUGCGGCGCCUGGCUUGUCUGCUUCUUGCUGACCAUCUUUGACGUCUUCCCCGCAAAGUCCGAUGAGUACGGCUUCUCGGCCAGGACCGACAUCAGCCUGGACGCCGUCACCAACUCCCCAUGGUUCCACGUGCCUUACCCGGGUCAAUGGGGUAUGCCCACAGUGAGCGUGUCUUCAGUGCUGGGCAUGACGGCGGGGGUCUUGGCAUCCACCAUGGAAUCAAUCGGCGACUACUACGCUUGCGCUCGCCUGUGCGGCGCCCCCCCUCCGCCGACUCACGCCAUAAACCGAGGCAUCGCGGUGGAGGGCAUCGGCUGCAUCCUGGCCGCGCUGUGGGGAACUGGAAACGGUACCACCUCCUACAGCCAGAACAUCGCCGCACUCGGUAUCACCAAGGUUGGCAGCAGACUGGUCCUCCAGACGGCCGGGAUUCUGAUGAUCAUCCUGGGGAUCUUUGGGAAAUUCGGAGCAGUUUUUAUCACCAUCCCAGACCCGGUCAUCGGAGGCAUGUUCCUCGUAAUGUUUGGAAUGAUCGCAGCAGUGGGAAUAUCCAACCUCCAGUAUGUUGACCUGAACUCGUCCCGUAACCUGCUCAUCCUCGGCUUCUCUACCUUCAGCGGUCUCGUUUUACCGACCUGGUUUCACUCCAACCCCGGCAUCAUUGACACAGGGAUGAAAGAGCUGGACCAAGUGAUCGUGGUGCUCUUCACCACACACAUGUUCAUCGGAGGGUUCUUUGGGUUCGUGCUGGACAACACCAUUCCAGGCACCGAAAAAGAGCGGGGCAUCAAAAGCUGGCAAGACGAAGCGCAACAGGGAAGCAAAAACCUGUGUGACGAGUCGUGCUAUGACAUCCCGUACUUAAACAGUGUUUUUAAGCGAUUUAAAUGUUUCCAGUACUUGCCCUUCCUCCCUUCUUAUAAGACCAGGCGAUAGGGGACAUCUAAUGAACCAUUAAAUGACGUGGUUUGCAUUGGUGCUGGCUUAUUAGCCCCAUGAAAUCAACCAGUUAACAGUUGUAGAGGUUUUAUUAAAUUACAUGCAUGAAUCUAAACCCUGUAACUUCUUUAGGACUCCCUAAGAUGAACACAUUAGUCCGUGUAUAGGCUAGAACAUUAACUCAAACACUAUUGACUUUCUACUACAAAGUGGAGGUACCGUGUCUCCUUGCAGUUGGAAUUAAAAACAAAAACCUUGAUGUAUAGGUUAAUAAAACAUCUGUAGUGCCUGAACAAACAAAGAGCAGCAUGAUACACUCACGAAGAGCUUGCAAAAAAAACAUUAAUUAGACCAGUGGUUCCAAAACCUUGAGCUCACCUUCGACGAUAUAGUAACAUGGAAGGUUAAACUUCUAAAGUUAAACAUAUUUAGAUCAAAAUUCUGUAUCAAAAGUACCAGUAUUUUUCAUUGUUGUUGUCUAAAGCAGAAUCAUCAUAAAAUAAAUAAAGAUGUGCACUGUUUAAAGUUAGCCAGUGUGUAAAGACUGUUACUUUCCAGUGAAUCUUCAUGUAGCUGCUGAGUAGCCACUGUUCAGGUGUUACAGAUGUGUAGUGACGUUUUCAGCAGGAUCAUUACUACCUCAUCUAGAACAGCAACUUACAGGAACAGAUUGAUGGAAGACUUUUUCAUAGUUUAUAAUAUAGAAUUAAUAAUUCUAACAUGAACACACAGGGUUACUGCUUUAUAUAUUGCAUUGUGUCUUUUGUCACUGUGUAGCAGAACAGCUCUUUAAAUUAUUUUUACAUGUAACACUUUUGCAUUUUAAAAUACAUGUAUGUGCAAUUUUGCUAAUUUUUGUACGAUCAUUUUCAAAAGGUCCUGAACUGUGAUGGGUUGUUGUUAAAUCAAUUCUGAUGUUGAUACUGACUUUCCUGUGUACCAAGUUCAACUUGAGAGCAGUUUUCCACAGGUUUUGAGAAUACAAACCACAUCACAAAUCCAAGUUUAAGAGCACAGGUUUUAAUUUUAAAAGAUAAAAAGUUUUGGAUAUAUAUAAAUAAGGGAAUUGUUCACUUGUCAAAAUAAAGACAAGUUAUACUUGGUGCACGUA